CUCUCUCUCUCUCUCUCUCUCUCUCUCUCUCUCUCUCUCUCUUGCUGCUGCUGGAGGAUGGAGAGACUCGGUGUCCACAGGAAGCGCCUCAAGCGAUCCAAGGGGAAGACGAAGCCGAUCAAGGUGGUGUACAUAGCGAACCCAGUGAGGGUGACCACCAGCGCCGCCACGUUCCGUUCCCUCGUCCAGAAGCUCACCGGGCGGGACGCUGACACGGCCGAGCUCGACACGACGAGCUGCUCUUCACCGUCGGAGCCUGCAGAUGAUGCCUCGACGGCGUCUGCGCCGGCCUCGGUCGCGAGCCCCGACUCCGGUGGCUCGGUCCCGUCAGAGCCCAGCACGAGCGGCGGCGUGCGGCCGGAUAACAGCCUGGUGGCUCCGGUGGAGGUGUUUGAAGAGGGCUUUGAUGCACAGAUGAUGGGGAGCUUUCCUGGCUUCAUAUCUUCGAUACUGUGUUAUGAGCCUCGAGUCGCAGGACUUGAGGGUUUCACUCUAGUGUGAAUUCUGGAUGUGAUUUGCCAUGGCUGAUGUUUAUAGUUCCAGCUAGUAUUGUCAAUGCCCUUUACUUUGCAUUUGCAAGCUAAUUAUUGCUUUGAGUGUGGAAUUUUGUGAAAGAUUUAUUUAUGUAGCUAAAAAAGCAUUGAGAUUAUACGUAGUAGAUGUACAUAAAAUAUGAUUAGUAAAAUCGGUUGCAUAU